AUGAAGCCAUUUGAAGAACCUAAGGACAUCCAAGAUCUACCAGGGGGAUUAAUCAUCAAGGAUUAUUGGAGCAUCAUGUAUAAGAAGAAGGAGGGUACAGUUCUGAAAAAUUGCAUGUUCUAUUUAAGGGAUAAACACUUAUAUUCCACAAGUGUUGUUAAUCGAAUUCUGGCAAGGGCUAAAGCGAACAAGGCCAAACUAGCUUCUGAUUUAAAAUGUAUGUCGGAUAUGAUGCAAUGGUAUAUGGCUAUCAGGGCAUCCCUUCUGAAAAUAAUGCCUAAGGUUUUUGAAGCGGGAAGACAACAAUGA